UCUUCAUACUCGUGCGAAACGGACGCGAAUUUUCAUUUGUGCUGCAGAAACCAACAACAAUAGACAAAAUAAAAACAAAUAAAAAAGCGUCGAAAAUUCCGGGUAAAAAACAAAAAACGGUGUAAAUCAAAAAAACUAUCACAGGCAAAAAUCAAAACAAAUAGCGCAAAGUCAAUCCUUCGUUUCAGAAACCAACAAAAAAUUAGCGCAACGCGCUUUUUGUCACUCCUUUUUGCAUUGCGCCCUUGUUUUUCUUAUAUUUUGGUUUCCCGAGAAUUUAAGAUGGUAAACAACUCUUUUUUUGCGGUGUAAGUUUUUUAAGUGCAAAAAAAAAACAAAACCAGUAGAUAAAAAAACAGAAACCAAAAAAGCAGCAACAAAAAAUCAACAAAACGGAAUCAAAGUCAAACAAAUUCACCGACAGACAGACGCGGAAGAAGCUCCAAAAAAGACAGGAAUAAAGGAAGGAAAAAGGGGAAAAGGAGGAGAGAAUCAAAGUUCUCGCAUAAAUUUCGACCUUAACUUUAAACUCAAUGUAGCGCUGAGUUGUCGAAUCGUUGCGAGUCGAGGUUUUUUGGAUAAAAGGGAACCUACGGCCUGGAAUUUGUGGCAGAAGUGCAGCAAGUGCAGCCGAGCCAAGUUCAAUAAGCCGGAAACGGAAACGUAAACGGACCAUGUGAUCUACAAUAAAUGCAAUUGUAUAUAUCCGUUUGGAACGAGUGGUUACUAUGUCUGGAAAUUAACGAAAGAAAGUGCGAGAGAGUCGUGUGGGACAGAUCUAGAUCUGGAUCAAGAUAUACUAACUAUAUAUCGCAUGUGCAAGCCAACGGAAACGGAAGCGUUAGCGGCAACGGAAACGGCAACGGAAACGGAAACAGCAACGGAAGCGGAAACGGAAGUGGCUAAGGUAGCGUCACCAGAGCAAUAAUGACUAAGAAGUACGAGUUCGAUUGGAUCAUCCCGGUUCCGCCGGAAUUAACCACGGGCUGUGUGUUCGAUCGCUGGUUCGAGAACGAGAAGGAAACUAAGGAGAACGACUUUGAGCGCGAUGCCCUCUUCAAGGUCGACGAGUACGGCUUCUUUUUGUACUGGAAGAGCGAGGGCCGGGAUGGCGAUGUCAUUGAGCUGUGUCAAGUGAGCGACAUCCGUGCGGGGGGAACGCCAAAGGAUCCGAAGAUACUUGAUAAGGUGACGAAGAAGAAUGGAACCAAUAUACCGGAACUGGAUAAGCGAUCCCUGACGAUCUGCUCGAAUACGGACUAUAUCAAUAUAACAUAUCACCAUGUUAUUUGUCCAGAUGCGGCCACCGCUAAGAUCUGGCUAGAUGGCAUACGAAAAAUAACCCAUAAUGUCAAAGCGAACAAUAUCUGCCCCAUGAUGUGUCUGCGGAAACAUUGGAUGCGAUUGAGUUACUGCGUGGAAAAGAGCGGAAAAAUUCCGGUGAAAACUCUGGCAAAGACCUUCGCCUCCGGCAAAACGGAGAAGCUGGUGUACACGUGCAUCAAGGAUGCCGGUUUGCCGGAUGACAAGAACGCCACGAUGACCAAGGAGCAGUUCACCUUCGACAAGUUUUACGCCUUGUACCACAAGGUCUGUCCCCGUAACGAUAUCGAGGAGCUGUUCACCUCCAUUACCAAGGGCAAGCAGGACUUUAUCAGUCUGGAACAGUUUAUUCAGUUCAUGAACGACAAACAGCGUGAUCCCCGAAUGAACGAGAUCCUGUAUCCUCUCUACGAGGAAAAACGCUGCACGGAGAUCAUCAACGAUUACGAACUGGAGGAGGAAAAAAAGAAGAAUGUUCAACUAUCGCUGGAUGGAUUUAAGCGCUAUCUGAUGUCUGACGAGAAUGCUCCGGUGUUUUUGGAUCGACUUGAUUUCUACAUGGAGAUGGAUCAGCCACUGGCCCAUUACUAUAUAAACAGCUCGCAUAAUACCUAUCUGUCGGGUCGCCAAAUCGGCGGAAAAAGUUCCGUGGAGAUGUACCGCCAGACUCUUUUGGCAGGAUGCCGCUGUGUGGAGUUGGACUGCUGGAAUGGAAAGGGGGAAGAUGAGGAGCCGAUCGUCACCCACGGCCACGCCUACUGCACGGAAAUUCUCUUCAAGGACUGCAUCCAGGCGAUUGCGGACUGCGCCUUUGUAUCCUCGGAGUACCCGGUCAUCCUCUCCUUCGAGAACCACUGCAAUCGUGCCCAGCAAUACAAGUUGGCCAAAUACUGUGAUGACUUCUUCGGUGACCUGCUGCUGAAGGAGCCGCUCUCGGAUCACCCGCUGGAUCCGGGACUACCGCUACCGCCGCCCUGCAAGCUGAAGCGCAAGAUCCUCAUCAAGAACAAGCGAAUGAAGCCCGAGGUGGAGAAGGUCGAACUGGAGCUGUGGCUCAAGGGCGAGCUGAAGACGGACGACGAUCCGGAGGAGGACGCCAGUGCGGGCAAGCCGCCGGAGGCCGCCGCCGCCCCAGCUCCCGCCCCGGAAGCAGCCGCCGCCGCAGAGGGUGCCGCCGAAGGAGGCGGGGGAGCGGAGGCCGAAGCAGCCGCCGCCAACUACAGCGGCUCCACCACCAACGUGCACCCGUGGCUCUCAUCCAUGGUCAAUUACGCCCAGCCCAUCAAGUUCCAGGGCUUCGACAAGGCAAUCGAAAAGAACAUUGCCCACAACAUGUCCUCGUUCGCGGAAUCGGCGGGCAUGAACUACCUGAAGCAGAGCUCCAUCGACUUUGUCAAUUACAACAAGCGCCAGAUGUCGCGAAUUUAUCCGAAGGGCACGCGGGCGGACUCCUCGAACUAUAUGCCGCAGGUGUUCUGGAAUGCCGGCUGUCAGAUGGUCUCGCUGAAUUUCCAGAGCUCCGAUCUGCCGAUGCAAUUGAAUCAGGGCAAGUUCGAGUACAACGGCGGCUGUGGCUAUCUAUUGAAGCCCGAUUUUAUGCGACGUGCGGACAAGGAUUUCGAUCCGUUUGCCGAUGCGCCAGUGGACGGUGUGAUUGCGGCCCAGUGUUCCGUCAAGGUGAUAGCCGGUCAGUUCUUGUCCGACAAGAAAGUGGGCACCUAUGUGGAGGUGGACAUGUUCGGACUGCCCUCCGAUACGGUGAAGAAGGAGUUUCGCACCCGUUUGGUGGCCAACAAUGGUCUGAAUCCGGUGUACAACGAGGAUCCCUUCGUGUUCCGCAAAGUGGUGUUGCCCGACUUGGCUGUGCUGCGUUUUGGCGUUUAUGAGGAGAGCGGAAAGAUCCUGGGACAGCGAAUCCUGCCGCUGGACGGCCUGCAGGCUGGCUAUCGCCAUGUCUCGCUGCGCACAGAGGCCAACUUUCCCAUGUCCCUGCCCAUGUUGUUUGUGAAUAUCGAGCUAAAGAUCUAUGUACCUGACGGUUUUGAGGAUUUCAUGGCCAUGCUGUCGGAUCCGCGUGGAUUCGCCGGGGCGGCCAAGCAGCAGAACGAGCAAAUGAAGGCGCUGGGCAUUGAGGAGCAGAGCGGCGGUGCCGCCCGAGAUGCCGGCAAGGCCAAAGAGGAGGAGAAGAAGGAGCCACCGCUGGUGUUUGAGCCCGUCACCCUCGAAUCGCUGCGCCAGGAGAAGGGCUUCCAGAAGGUGGGCAAGAAGCAGAUCAAGGAGCUGGACACGCUGCGCAAGAAGCACGCCAAGGAGCGCACCUCCGUGCAGAAGACCCAGAACGCGGCCAUCGACAAGCUGAUCAAGGGCAAGAGCAAAGACGACAUUCGCAACGAUGCCAACAUCAAGAACUCGAUCAACGACCAGACCAAGCAGUGGACCGACAUGAUCGCCCGCCAUCGCAAGGAGGAGUGGGACAUGCUGCGCCAGCAUGUCCAGGACUCGCAGGACGCCAUGAAGGCGCUGAUGCUCACCGUUCAGGCGGCGCAGAUCAAGCAGCUGGAGGAUCGCCAUGCCAGGGACAUCAAGGAUCUGAAUGCCAAGCAGGCAAAGAUGUCCGCGGAUACCGCCAAGGAGGUGCAGAACGACAAGACGCUUAAGACCAAGAACGAAAAGGAUCGUAGGCUGCGUGAAAAGCGCCAGAACAAUGUCAAGCGCUUCAUGGAGGAGAAGAAGCAAAUCGGCGUUAAGCAGGGUCGUGCCAUGGAAAAACUGAAGCUGGCGCACUCCAAGCAGGUCGAGGAAUUCAGUACCGACGUGCAAAAGCUUAUGGACAUGUACAAAAUCGAGGAGGAGGCCUAUAAGACGCAAGGAAAAACGGAGUUUUAUGCCUAAGAUCAUACCAGGUCAAAGGUGAAAAAAAAGGAGAGCACUGCGAUACCAAAACUAUAAACUAAAAAAAUGUUGAAAAACACUAAAAAAGAACGCUGCUGAUCAAGAUGAAGAUGCUAACAUAUAUUCUUCUUUAUAUACUGUAGUUACACACUCAUGCAAAACACAAACACACACUCGCCUACAUCUAGAAAGGGAUAACUUUACUUAAAUAUUUACAUGUGUGUUGUAUGCAAGAAGCAUAGGCAUAUUAUGCUUAUCAACUAGAAUUCAAAACUGGAAAGUCAACACUUUGUGCUUUAUAUUUAUUUAAGAUUCUUAAUGAAGAAGAUAAAAAGAGAAAUGAAGAGGCCACACAUAAAAAUGUGUCGUUUACGGGGAAUUCCCCCCCCACUCGAAUCCAUUGUAAUUUAUUUUGAAAAACCAGAAACAAAAAAAAAAUUAAAGAAAAAAAAUGAAUACCAAAAAUAUUGAAUGGUAUUUUGUGCUAAUAACACGAUAACAAGGGUACACCGAUAAGUUUAGACCACAUACAGUGCGUUUCAGGGUUAAAGGAACUACUUUGUACUCCCCUAAGCGGUGGAACACACUGUACACAUGCAUAUACACACAACACCAGACAUACACACCCCUACUCCCAAAAUAAUCGUACGUUUCAAGUGAACUACUUACAUGAGUUUCCGAUUCUCCACCUAAUAGCUUAGCCAACUAACUAACUUAACCAGUAAGCCGAAAACCAUUAACCAGUAAAGCAAUCCAAGGAGCCCACAAUUAACACCCAAAAAUCAGUCAGAUCUAUGUAUUUCAUGAUAUAUAAACAUAGAAGUUGUAGAACUUUUUUUUUCAAAAGCAUUUAUUUUGCAAAAAACUAACGGAAAAUAAACCCUCAACUGCUCGAAAAAAGAAUACUAUUAAUAAAAAAAAAACCUAAAACAACAGCACUCACAGUCAUGAACGAAGAAACGAUGCAGAAUAGUUUGUAAAGUAAAUGUUAUAAAACCUAAGUAUUAAAUGUGUAAUUCAAACAAUGAAACACCCCUACCGGCAGUUAUAUAUACAAUACACACACCACACAUCAUUUUGGGCUGAGAACGCCGAAUCGAAAAUGGUUUAACUAACUUUACAUGAAAUGUGAAUUUUUAUCCGCUCCGUAUUAGUUUGAUCUAAUUUGUAGUUUUAAACCAAAAACGAGAUAAAGAUUUUGCGAAUUUUACAACCACAAAAAGUAGCCAAAAAAAAUAUAUAUAUGCAUAUAUACACACAAAACAAAAACAUGAAAACAUGCAUAGAUCUAGUGAAUAUAAUAUACCAAAGUAAAUGAAACAAACAAGAACUUAAGAUGGAUUCUGUUUGCAUUGUCAAGACCGUUUAUGUUGCACUCAAAAUUUGCUGUUUGCAUGUAUUGUAGUUGUUGCAAAAAUACCAAAAAAAAACCAUUAAAAAACUCUAGAAAAUUAUAUAAAAAAAAAGGCAAAGAGAAAAAUAUCCACACAUAAAUUUAAUUUCCCUUGAAUUUUGAAUUGAAUUUAAACUUGAAUAUGUGCCCUAAAGAUCGAUGACGGAGAAAAGUUUACACUGUGCUAUUAACGAAACGAAAACAUUUAGUUAACUCAUACAAGGUAACUUUACUAAAUUAUGAACUAUAUUUAACCUACGCCUACGACUAUGUAUUUAGAGAAUUAAUCAAGUUUUUGAAUGUGAUAAGCGGUUACAUUUUAUUACACGAAAGCAAAGAAAAGCCAAUCCCAACUAUUUUCACCCCCAAUACUUUCGCCUUAUUCAACACUAAUUUUUUUUGUUCCCUGAGGGCACGAAUGUUGAAGAUUAAAGAAGAAAAAUGAGUGCGAAGCUUUGUAUGAUAUGUAAUAUAAUGUGCCAAUCCCAAUGAUAACCAAAAACAGAAGAUGAAAGUGAAAUUAACUACGUCUAACUAAAAAUCGCAACUAAUUUAUUUAUUCGCAUGUAUGUGUAAUGUAUACAUUAGAUAGAGGCCUAGCCUCUUAGUCGAAAAGCCCUGAAUUCUGGCACACCCAAAAACCCUAAAAAAACUUAACAAUUCCAGGCAAUAUUGGCGUGGGUAAAAACUUUUCCGGGGAAAGGUUCGAGAACCUUCCGAAUUUAGAAUAUCUGAAACCAGGACUGGCUUUUGUAUAAAAUUUAACCACUAAAUGGGUUUAAAAAGGGUUUUAAAGUGGAUUUGUUUGGGGUCUUUAUAAUUUCUUUAAAAUUCAAUGUAAAAAGUGUUACAUUAAAAAAGAGUUUUAUUUUUUAAUUGUUUUUUUUUUUUAGAAGUUUUGUUGUUAUUUAAAUAAAAACCUCUGCAAAUUUUCGUUAAAUAAUCCAAUCAGUAAAAAAAAGAAGUGGUUUUACCCAGCCAAUUACCUGGAUUUGUCUACACUUAGAAAAAUGUGUCAAUUUUUUUUUGUAUUUGUUUGUUGUUUGUUUUUUUUUUUAAUCUAAAUAAGUUAUAGUCUAUUAAGAAGCGCUAGAGCGAAACGUUUACGAUAUGAACGAUUAUGUAACCCAUUAAUUCGGGGCAACAUUGAUCUAGUUUGUACUUCUGUGAGAGCAAACCAAAAAAAACCCCAGAUUAUGAAUAGCGAUAGCCAGUAGCGAGAUGACUCGAAAAUGUAUCUACUACCUACGUAUUUAUUGAUUAUGUUUGUGAGCAGAGAAAUUAGCGACGUCUGCAUAGAUAUGAUUACAAGAACAUAAUUAUUAUAACUAUAGUUUAAAGAAGGUCGCGAGCUGAGGUCGAUGAAAUUAACUUAUAUUUAAAAUGCUGCGUAUGAACUUAUGAUUAUAUACUAUAAACUAUAUAUUAAACUAUUAUGAUUACCAUUAUUAUCCUUAUUAUGAUUAUAACUACGAUUGGCGAGUGAGUAACUUCAAUUGCAAUAAAUUCUAUUCCAAAGCGA